AUGGCCUGCCUCGUCACCGCCUCGCCCGUCCCCGCUCCCGCCCCGGGCCUCGGCAUCCCGCUCCUCUCAGGCGGCGCCGAGUCGUCCUCCAACGCCGCCUCCUCGCCCCUCGCGAUCCUCGACAACCUCUCGGCGCUCCCCGCUGCCAACAGCGCCCCAAACGCCAACACCAACGCUGUUGAGGCACCCGUCGCGGACCCAGCCACAGCCGGCGGACUCGCUGAGCCUCUGAAACCGCUCAGCCUACUUGGCCGUGUCGUUGCGUACCGCCGCGAGCACCGCGAGCGUGAUUUGGACGAUGAGGAGGAGUAUGAGAGGCAGGAGAGGGACGCGGCGCCAGCGAUGAUGAAGCGCGCGGAGCGCUUCCAGCUCGCGAUGAUGCGCCGCGCCGCCGCCGCUAGAGCGUGA